AUGGCCGCUGCCUCGUCUGCUCUGCCAAAGAACCCCGUUCUGCGGCGUACCGCUACUACGGCCACAGCCACCGACUCGGAAUCCUCUGCCGCCGUCACCCCCGUCGACUCGCCCCGACCUUCGGCCUCGUCCACCUCUCUGUCGUCUCUCUCGUCGCUCGAUGUUUCCGAUAAGAAGGACGAGUACACUGGUCUUCUCGACACCUAUGGCAACAAGUUUACCCCUCCCGAUUUCACCAUCAAGGAUAUUCGCGAUGCCAUCCCCAAGCAUUGCUUUGAGCGAUCCGCCCUUACUGGCUACAGCUAUAUCCUGCGCGACAUAGUCUGUCUUGCCUCCACCUUCUACGUCUUCCACAACUUUGUCACCCCCGAAUAUGUGCCCUCGACUCCCUUGCGAUUUGUCCUUUGGGGCAUCUACACUGCUCUCCAAGGUCUGUUUGGAACUGGUCUCUGGGUUAUUGCCCACGAGUGCGGUCAUGGCGCUUUCUCUCCUUCCACCGUCAUCAACGAUUUGACCGGUUGGGUGCUGCACUCGGCUCUUCUUGUGCCCUAUUUCAGCUGGAAGUUCUCACACAGCGCUCACCACAAGGCCACUGGCCACAUGGAGCGUGACAUGGUCUUCCUUCCCCGAACUCGUGAGCAGCAGGCCACUCGUGUUGGACGCAUGGUCCAUGAGCUUGGCGAACUUUGCGAAGAGACACCCAUCUACACCUUCUUGCAUCUCCUCGCUCAGCAGCUCAUCGGCUGGCCCAACUACCUUCUCACCAACGUUACUGGCCACAACUUCCAUGAGCGCCAGCGUGAGGGUCGCGGCAAGGGCAAGAAGAAUGGCUACGGCGGCGGUGUCAACCACUUUGACCCCAGCGCCCCCAUCUUCGACAACAAGCACGCCAAGUACAUUGUCCUCUCCGACAUUGGCCUCGCCAUUGCUUUCAGUGCUCUCGCCUAUCUCGGUAACCGAUUCGGAUGGGCCAACAUGGCGGUCUGGUACUUUAUCCCAUAUCUGUGGGUGAACCACUGGCUUGUUGCCAUUACUUUCCUUCAGCACACCGACCCUACUCUGCCUCACUACACCAACGAGGAGUGGAACUUCGUCCGUGGCGCCGCUGCCACCAUUGAUCGUGAGAUGGGCUUCGUUGGCCGACACCUCCUCCACGGCAUUAUCGAGACCCAUGUCCUCCACCACUAUGUCAGCUCCAUUCCCUUCUACAAUGCCGAUGAGGCCUCUGAGGCCAUCAAGCCUGUUAUGGGCAAGCACUACCGCUCCGACACCAAAGAUGGCCCCUGGGGCUUCAUUCGUGCCCUGUGGCAGAGCGCCCGCUGGUGCCAGUGGGUUGAGCCAAGUGCCGACGCUGAGGGUGCUGGCAAGGGCGUUCUGUUCUUCCGCAACAGCAAUGGUCUUGGUACUAAGCCCAUCGCCAUGAAGGCGCCGUGA